CCAGGCUUUUUCCUGCAUCCGGGCUUGAAGAGGCCGCUGUGAAGGCCAGCGAGCAGCAUGGAGGUCCGCGGCGAAUCCCAGUCCGGCCCGAGCUGUUCGUCGUCCUCCCGGGAUGGCUCCGGGGUCUCGGUCUCCAAGGAGUUGCUGAUGGCAGGGAGCGGCGGCCGCGGAGGUAUAUGGGACAGGUUGCUCAUCGACUCCAAGCCUAAUUCCAGAAAGAAUUCUACUCUUCAAACAGUUCGGAUAGAGAGGAGUCCCUUAUUGGACCAAGUACGGACCUUUCUCCCACAGAUGGCUCAGGCAAACGAAAAGCUAAGAAAAGAAAUGGCAGCUGCACCACCUGGUCAUUUCAAUAUUGAAAAUACUGAUGAGACUCUUGGACAAGUUAUUCAAAUGGACGUGGCCUUGUUUGAGAUGAAUCAGUCUCAUUCGAAAGAAGAGGACAGUUCAGAAGAGAAUUCACAAGACAGUUCAGAGGAAGGUUCAGAGUCUGAGGAUGAAGAUGACAGCACCUCUUCCGAAGGUGAAGUCACCAUAGAUAAUAUUAAGCUUCCUCAUUCAGAAGACGGAAAAGGCAAGAUAGAGGUUCUGGACAGUCCUGCUAGUGAAAACAAAGAAAAACAGGGAAGUAAGUGAUCUGAGGAACAGGUGAUAGAUGCCUGCUAAUUCUGUGGAAAAGAGUGUGAGUCACUAGUUGUUUUGCAUUUCAGAUACCUAUGGUGCUUUUUUGCAAUAUUGAAUAUACUUCGUUUCUUGAAGAAACAGAAGCUGGCUUUUAAAGAGCUGGAAGAGAUAGCAUUUGGGGAUCCUCUAAGAGCACACUGUAUUUGCUUUCAUGCUAAAGAGUUUGUGUUAGAAAGCUUAAUUUUAUGUAUGGUAAUGAGUGAGUUUGUUGGCAUCCUUCUUCAUAGCAUAGACUUCAGAAAUCUCAAACUUAUUUUAAGAUAAAAAUAUAUAUCACCUGUUUGUUUUUACUUUAAAUCGUCCACUUGGAUAAAACGACCUAGGUUGGUUUUUAUUUUUUAAGUUAUAAAGUCAGACUUAUUUAUUACCAUCAAAAUGGGGGUCAGUGAGGGAGAAAUCUUUUAAAGAAGUUUUUUACAAAGAAAAUAAUUACUUACAUUUGGCCACCCUCAGACAUAUCUACUUUCAUUAAAAAAAAAAAAAAUCCUUUCCAGUUUGAGCUGGAAAACUGGUGUUUUGUGGUUGAAUCACUGUCGAUGACUCUGCAGCCCCUUAUUACAUACUAAUAUGUAGAAUUUUUAUAUUUCUCCCUUGCCACGGCUAUCUCAUAUGAUACAACUAUACAGUUAAAGAAGUCAUCUAAGUUCAGUUCUCUGAAUUGUAUGUAGAAUUUACUUUUUGGUUUUGUUUUUUGUUUUUCUCAUAAAGCAAUGUUUUUGUUUGUUUCAACUAUUGAAAUUAUUCCUCACAGUUUCCCAGUGUUGAAAUCUGUAGAGAAUAGGGACACCCUAAGAAAAAUAGGGCACAGUACAUAAAAAGAUAGUAAUUGGUUUUCCCUUUCAAAAGACAAAAUGAUCCUACUUUGGAGUCUCCUUUCUGCCUUAUUCUUGACCUUAUUAAACUUGUUUGGGUUCUUAUUUGCCAUGGAACUGGCUUUGCUCAGGAUGUAAACUAGAGAAUUUAAAGGAAUGUCUCCAAGUGCAUUGAGCUGCUGGAACUUUGUUCCCUAAUGUUUUAGGGUGAUUUUUUUUUAACUGUUUUUUUUUUCCUUACUCCUCACCUUAUCCUUGUGAAUACUCUGAAGAUUAUUCUCAAGGUUCUUUCUGGUAUUUCCCAUUGGAAAUUGGAACCUGGCUGUGCCUUAAAAGUGUGCAGAGUAAACAGAUCUGGAAACCAGAUUUCUCAGCUAGAAAAGAUACUAUGUUGUACCUUGUAGCACCAAACACAGUUGUGAUGAAUUAUUGGUGUAAUCAUGUAUUUGAAUAAAUUAAUAUUCAAAUAA